AUGGUACAGGUAUUGUUGCACCAGACCGUGCCCAUCGCCUAUCAACUUCGUGAUACAAUGCUCGAUACGGCCAUUGGUUGUCCGCCAUUCACUGUACUCAAGUAUCUAAUGGACUCUAAACUGUUUGAUAAUGCAAGUCUUUGGAAGCAGCGUGCGAACAGAAUGAUCAAGGUAGAAGCACCUGCGCAUGUCAAUGAUAUCAUGGCCACAGGUGAUCAUCAACUUAUCGAUGAGUUGUUGUUCAAAGAUGGUAUCCCUAAUCAGUUCUCUGUGUCUUUGACUUGGAAGAUGAUGUUGCCACAUGUGUCCCCAGUGCUUCAGCUGCAGCACUUUGAGAGAUUGCAUACUCGUCAACAACCACAAGACAAGACAGCAAUGUGCAUGGAUAAGUUGACAAAGUCCAAGAACACAACCCAAUCGAUCUUGUUGGCAAAUGGUACUAUCACAUCACAUGGCUUGGACGUGGACAUUGGAGACACCAAUCGCAUGGUAUUCAUCAAACUGUUUGAACUUGAUAUCUUGGAUUAUGUUCAACUACAAGUUGAUAAUCAGCAACAUUAUGUUGUACAUGAAUACAUAUUGACAGGCGACUACAACCUCAUACCAUACCUAUUGACCAAGACACCAAGCCCAGAUGCGCAGAUCAACUAUAUACGAUACACAUUCAAUCUGAUUAUCAGACAUGGCAAUGUCACCCAGGCCAUCGUAGCACUCGGCAACUUGGACAACAUGAUACAACUAGCUCACAAUGGUCACAUAAGACGUGAUUCAUGCUUUGGUGACAUGUUCAAUUCAUUCAUUGAUGCCGACAAUCCGGCCAACAGUCUGGAGGUAAUCCAGUAUCUAAACACAAAUCGAGUUGUUCAACAUGUUGAUAUACUCUGGAGUGCUCGCAGAGUGCCCCCUAGCACGAUGGACACGCUUGUCUUCUUGAUGUCCGAUGAGAACAAGAUAUUCCCAAUGUCAGUUCUCAAGGAGAGGUUGAUGCUGAUCAUUCCCCAACACAUUGACUAUGUGUUCAGUGUCAAUCGAUCAUUCUUCAUGGUGCAAGUUGGCCAGAACAAGCCAUUGGACGUCGCAUGUCUCGCCCACUAUGCCGUACACACUGCUCGAUUGGACAUGCUCACAAUGCUCCUCUCUCAGACUCCACAACGAAUACUUAACGGUGUAUUGGAGACAUGCUUUCACUAUGCGAUUGCGAAUGGACGUAAGAACAUGGGCAUCUUACGACUGCUCGUAGAGGGCAUUCAGUUCAAACCACCUCUGUUGGUCUCUCGACAACUUGGACUGUUGGGCGAUGUUGAUAUUCUGGAGUAUGCUCUCAAGUAUAUACCAGGAGUACGAUUAGCUGAUGUGUUGGAUGCGGCAAUUCGAAGACAUCAAAUGGACUGUAUCAAACAUAUAUACGAACAGUAUGAGGACAGAGUGCACAUAUCACAUCGCGCACAGGCAGUGUGGCGUGGUGACCUGGACAUGUUGGAGUAUCUCAACAGUGUGGAUCCCUUGAUCAAUGGUGCCAACAUGCAAGAGAAGAUAGUGUCAUUAGUUGUGGAUUCUCUCAAGUAUGGACAUAUUGAAGUAUUUGAUUGGCUAUUUGACAAUGUAAACGAUGAACUGAAGACAUAUAUCAAGAACACGGUGAUACCAGAGAACACAAAGAUGUUGAUCAACAACAAUGAUGUGUACAUGUUGAGACACCUGUUGGAAGUAGUUGGAGCAACGUUCGAUCUAAUGGGCCUGAACAACCUUGACAACUACAAUGACAAUCAAGCCAUUCAAUCAAUAUUCACUCAAUACAAGAAACAAAGGAUAAAUGAAGUGGCAGGUCAUCGACAACUCCAUCCACAACCUCAACCUCAACAACAACAACAUAUACAACAACAUCAAGUGAAGACUUCAUUGGAGGAUGUAGCAACAUAUCGACCCUCAUUAGCGUGCGAGUCAGUCUUCCAACCAAAGAAAAAGAUGAAGCAAUAA